AGCAUUUUCUCACCUACCACCCAAUUGAACCAAACAACAGUCAACCUACCUAAGCUUCGUCCCUUUGAUCGUUGCAUACUUUUAUUUUCUUUGCCCUUGAUAUCAGCUUCACGUCUUCAAUUCAGUCAUCAUGGCUCGCAAGUUCUUCGUCGGCGGCAACUUCAAGAUGAACGGGUCCAUCUCGUCCAUCAAGGAGAUUGUCGACAACCUUAACAAGGCCGAACUCGACCCCAACGUCGAGGUCGUCGUCUCUCCCUCCUACCUGUACCUCCUCCUCGUCCGCGAGAGCCUCCGCCCGGGCAUUGAGGUUGCCGCCCAGAACGUCUUCGACAAGCCCAACGGCGCCUUCACGGGCGAAAUCUCCGUCUCCCAGCUCAAGGACAGCGGCAUCACCUGGACCAUCCUGGGCCACUCCGAGCGCCGCACCAUCCUCCGCGAGAGCGACGAGGUGGUCGCCCUCAAGACCAAGUACGCCACCGAGAACGGCCUGAGCGUCAUCUGGUGCUGCGGCGAGUCGCUGGAGGAGCGUGAGGCCGGCAAGACCAUCGAGGUCGUCAGCAAGCAGCUCGCCGCCCUCAAGGCUCAGAUCUCCGACUGGUCCAAGAUCGUCAUCGCCUACGAGCCCAUCUGGGCCAUUGGCACCGGCAAGGUCGCCACCACCGAGCAGGCCCAGGAGGUCCACAAGGCCAUCCGAGACUGGCUCAAGACCAACGUGAGCGACAAGGUCGCCGACGAGACCCGAAUCCUGUACGGCGGCAGCGUCAACGAGAAGAACUGCGGUGAACUCAGCAAGCAGCCUGACAUUGACGGCUUCCUUGUCGGCGGCGCCUCCCUCAAGCCUGCCUUCAUUGACAUCGUCAACUGCUUGAAGCAGUAAACGGGUUACUCUCUACCUGGAAAACCGAACUCAGUAGGAAUAGAUGGUAAAACAUGAAAUAAAAAAACAGUAAUAAGCUCUCACAGAGAAAUAAAAUCCAAACUGAUACCCGAUACUCUCCGUA